AUGUCAGCCAUUGAGCAUGUGGAUGGACGUAAACAACAGCUUGUUCCACUUCCUGCCAACAUCCAAGAACUUGGCACAGCCAUUGGAGGAGUCAAUGUGGCCCCCACACAGAAGUCACCAGGAGUCAAUGUGGCCCCCACACAGAAGUCACCAGGAGUCAAUGUGGCCCCCACACAGAAGUCAGCAGGAGUCAAUGUGGCCCCCACACAGAAGUCACCAGGAGUCAAUGUGGCCCCCACACAGAAGUCAGCAGGAGUCAAUGUGGCCCCCACACAGAAGUCACCAGGAGUCAAUGUGGCCCCCACACAGAAGUCACCAGGAGUCAAUGUGGCCCCCACACAGAAGUCAGCAGGAGUCAAUGUGGCCCCCACACAGAAGUCAGCAGGAGUCAAUGUGGCCCCCACACAGAAGUCACCAGGAGUCAAUGUGGCCCCCACACAGAAGUCAGCAGGAGUCAAUGUGGCCCCCACACAGAAGUCACCAGGAGUCAAUGUGGCCCCCACACAGAAGUCACCAGGAGUCAAUGUGGACCCCACACAGAAGUCAGCAGGAGUCAAUGUGGCCCCCACACAGAAGUCACCAGGAGUCAAUGUGGCCCCCACACAGAAGUCAGCAGGAGUCAAUGUGGCCCCCACACAGAAGUCACCAGGAGUCAAUGUGGCCCCCACACAGAAGUCACCAGGAGUCAAUGUGGCCCCCACACAGAAGUCACCAGGAGUCAAUGUGGCCCCCACACAGAAGUCAGCAGGAGUCAAUGUGGCCCCCACACAGAAGUCACCAGGAGUCAAUGUGGCCCCCACACAGAAGUCAGCAGGAGUCAAUGUGGCCCCCACACAGAAGUCACCAGGAGUCAAUGUGGACCCCACACAGAAGUCACCAGGAGUCAAUGUGGCCCCCACACAGAAGUCACCAGGAGUCAAUGUGGCCCCCACACAGAAGUCACCAGGAGUCAAUGUGGCCCCCACACAGAAGACCCAAGACUCCCCAGAGACACAUCACUCUCUUAAUGCUUUGUCAAGUUAA